GCCCGGUGGUUGGAGCCGCCGAGCUCUAGAGAGGUCUCCUCUGCUGGUUGAAAUGUCCAUGAUUUUAUCGGCAUCAGUCAUUCGUGUCAGAGAUGGGCUACCACUUUCUGCUUCUACUGACUAUGAACAAGGCACAGGCGUGCAGGAGUGCAGAAAGUAUUUUAAAAUGCUCUCGAAGAAACUUGCUCAGCUUCCUGAUAGAUGUACACUGAAAACUGGACAUUAUAACAUUAAUUUUAUUAGCUCUUUGGGAGUGAGCUACAUGAUGUUGUGCACUGAAAAUUACCCAAAUGUUCUGGCCUUCUCUUUCCUGGAUGAGCUUCAGAAGGAGUUCAUUACUACUUAUAACAUGAUGAAGACAAAUACUGCUGUCAGACCAUACUGUUUCAUUGAAUUUGAUAACUUCAUUCAGAGGACCAAGCAGCGAUAUAAUAAUCCCAGGUCUCUUUCAACAAAGAUAAAUCUGUCUGACAUGCAGAUGGAAAUCAAGUUGAGGCCCCCUUAUCAAAUUUCCAUGUGUGAACUGGGGUCGGCCAAUGGAGUCACAUCUGCAUUUUCUAUUGACUAUAAAGGUGCUGGUAAGAUUUCUUCUGCUCACCAGCGACUGGAACCAGCGACUCUGUCAGGGAUUGUGGCAUUUAUCCUCAGUCUUUUAUGUGGAGCUCUGAAUUUAAUUCGAGGUUUUCAUGCCAUAGAGAGUCUUUUGCAGAGUGAUGGUGAAGAUUUUAAUUACAUUGUUGCAUUUUUCCUUGGAACAGCAGCCUGCCUUUACCAGUGUUACUUACUUGUCUACUACACCGGCUGGCGGAAUGUCAAAUCUUUUUUGACUUUUGGUUUAAUCUGUCUGUGCAACAUGUAUCUCUAUGAACUGCGCAACCUGUGGCAGCUUUUCUUUCACGUGACUGUGGGAGCGUUUGUUACACUGCAGAUCUGGCUAAGGCAAGCCCAGAGCAAGGCUCCUGAUUACGAUGUCUGACCCCAUCCUUCAGACGUACUGCCCUGGCCUCCAGGGGAAAAGGAGGGAGCAUAUCUUAACUGCCACUGUGAUGAAGAAACUGUUCACCACACUCAAGGAGCUCUGCUUUCUUUCUCGCCAGCUAUCCUUUUUGUUUUAAGUCCGCAUGGCAUGCCUGGGAGCGUGCAGCACCUGCUAGGCAAACCCCUCAUGUUAGUCGCGGGAUUAUUAUUCAGAGGAGGAGGAGGCUUCUCUAUCCAGGGCCACGACCAUGGAAGAACAGUCAGAAGCCAUUUGGAGACUUGGCCAGCGGUCCUGAAUCCUUCUGAAGAGUUCAAUCAAAAAAUGUGUGUGGUACAUGCUCUGAGGACCAAGCGGGAACUCUACAGUCUGGAUUCGCCUUUGUGAGGCAUGAGUAUAGCGCAAAUAAAAACAUGCCGUGGAGUUUGUGUUUAAAACAACUUGCUAAAUAUCACAUUAUUUGCACACUUACAGUACCCUGAGUUUAUGAAGUCUGGGAUGGUGUGGAAUUGGUUCUUUUUCCUUUUAUAUUUUUUGCUUGAAUCCUAACUCUGGAAAUCACUUGAUAUAGGAAAAGGCUUCUUAUGAGCUUAUCUCUAGAACAUCACAAGUAUUGAGAACAUAGUAACAUACGUUUCCUUCCUAGACCCUGUCUGUAGUUUCUUUUGAAAUCACUUUUUAAACAUGGAAUUUGUUAGAUUAUAGCCAUCGUUCCCCAGACUUCAAUCACUUGAGUAUUAACAUAUACUAUUAUUUUUAGUAUUUAUCUUUUAAAUCUUAAAAUAGUUUAAAGACAAACUAAUCUCUACUCCAAAAGGAAAACCAGCAUCAAUUUACCAUGAGUUAACUACGAAAUAAAAUAAAAAAUGUUAUUAAAUUCUAACUAGAUACUAAUGUUAUGAAAUUCUAACUAGAUACUAAUGCUCCCCCCACCCCACCCCAGGCCCUGAAUUUCCGAAGCCUGCUCUUUGUUGCAGUGAGAUCUUACCCAGUGUGAAAAUGGGGCUCUCUCCGUGGAAUUAUCAGAAGGGUAAAACUGUAAAGGGAAUGACAUUUUCACUGUGAUUCUGCAUUAUUCACUUCUGUGUUGUAUACCGCCGAAAAUCCCCGUGUGUGCUGCCAGUGGCGUGGGUCGUGUCCUCUGGAAAUGGCGGCCUGUGCUCAGAAUGAGACGGCGACUUAUCCCAGCGGCUCUUUCUAUUUUGUGGCUUCGAAGAGUUCAGCACCUUGUAUCGUAGAGAACUUGUUUGCGUUUUGAUAAUAAUAAACGUUCAAGCAGCUAUGAAUUAAUAAUAUAGGAAGCACAGUUUGAUUCCACUAGCAAAAUCUGCCAACUCU